AUGUGGGAGUUGUACUGUUCGAAAGUACGAGAGCUAAACAUUCCAGCCAUUUUUGUGACCGUUGUUGUGGUGGUCGUGACAUCGCUUUAUGGAUUCGUCUUUCUGCUAUCACAUUCUCCAAGAAAACCAUUUUCCGAAGAGCUUACUUACGAGACUAACGGACUCCAUGGGUCAAUCGUAAGUGGUCAAUUGACGUCUGUAAAAGAUUGCAAGGACAGUCAAGAUGGGAUCGAACUUUCUGUGGUGGUUCCAAGCUACAAUGAAAUAGGUCGCAUCUUAGUGAUGUUGACAGACGCUAUUGAGUAUUUGCAAGAAAACAUGGCAAAUAAAUGGGAAAUUUUAAUUGUAGACGACGGUUCUAGGGAUGGAACAUCUGCUUUCUGCUUGGACUUGGCCCAAAGCGAGUUCAAACUUCAACCAGGCCAAUUGAGGGUAGUUAAACUAGCGAAGAACCGCGGUAAAGGUGGUGCUGUUAGGCAUGGGAUGCUACAUAUCAGAGGCGCAUAUGGUCUUUUUGCAGACGCUGAUGGCGCCAGCAAUUUCGCAGACGUUCAGAAACUUUUGGGCUCUAUUAAAAAAUAUCAAAAAAGUGGACGGGGCUCGGUAGCCAUUGGGUCGCGAGCACAUAUGGUCAACACGGAUGCCGUUGUGAAACGUUCGUUCAUCAGAAAUUUUUUGAUGUACGGUUUGCACACGCUGGUUUUUAUUUUUGGUAUUAGAUCCAUUAAGGAUACCCAGUGCGGAUUUAAGCUCUUCGACAGAUCAGCUAUCACAAACAUUUUUCCCUUUCUGCACACCGAGGGAUGGAUCUUCGAUGUUGAAAUACUAAUUCUGGCUUUACGAAAGCAAAUCUCAAUUGAAGAAGUCGCCAUUUCUUGGCACGAAGUUGACGGUUCCAAAAUGGAGUUAGCCAGAGAUAGCAUCAACAUGGCAAAGGAUUUGGUCGUUAUAAGGCUGGCUUAUAUCAUGGGCAUAUACAGUGAUCGAGGUGAAUGCUAA